CAAACAGAGUUCAGCAGCACAUGCUCGUUAUUAGCACAAAACGCUGAGGACGACACUGUUAACGGGACGGAAACGUUUGAUCCCAGCUUACAGAAAAGCAUGAAAGAUACUCAACUUGCAGAAAAAAAGUUUUUGUAUUUGAUGAUUAAAGAUUUAUUUAGUCUACACGGCUAAAAGUUGAAGGCCUUCCGGGAGACGCACAGCUUCAUCUUGUUGUUUUUGGAGUAAGCUAGCAGAGCCUGUUAGCUUAGCAAUAUUCUUAGUCGCCUGUUGACGUCCGUGCAGCCCUUUUAACACAUGAAGACGCACGCAAAAGUGGAAUAAAACUGGCAUGGGCUUGCUUGUGCACACACAGCUGCACGUUUUGUGUCCAAACUUAAUAUUUGCACGUCGAGAUUAAAAAGAGAAAGUUACAAAGGCCAAUCUGCGAAACAAGGAAGUGUUAAUUAAUUUAGCCGCUAGCCCUUCUAUCUCGCGGCAAUCUACCUCUGUACGUGCUUCUCGUUCCCUGGAGCAUUUUAUGUUCACGGAACUAGGCUGUCGGUGCCACCUCAACAAACCUGGAGACGAGCAGACCCUUCAGAAAAUGAUUCCCGACAAAGUCCCAAAUAAAGACGUCUUCCAUGGAUCUGAUGAUCUGAAGAACGAGGCUCACAUCCCCAGCUUUGAGAAAUACAAGGAGCUCUACAUUAAUUCCAUAGAGAAUCCAGAUGAGUUCUGGGGUGGUGUUGCUAGAGACUUCUUCUGGAAGACCAAACACACGGGCCCGUUUCUGGACUACAACUUCGAUGUGACCAAAGGGGAAAUCUUUAUCAAGUGUAUGGAAGGAGCCUCCACAAACAUCUGCUACAACCUGCUCGACCGCAACGUCCACGAGAAGAAGCUUGCGGAUAAAAUCGCCUUCUACUGGGAAGGCAACGAGCCCGGCGAUGAGCUGACGGUGACGUACAGAGAGCUGCUGCAGAGGGUCUGCCAGUUCGCCAACGUCCUGAAAUCACAGGGGGUGAGGAAGGGGGACCGUGUGUCCAUAUACAUGCCCAUGGUGGUUGAACUGGUGGUUGCCAUGUUGGCUUGUGUCCGUAUCGGAGCGGUUCACUCCAUAGUGUUUGCUGGUUUCUCUGCCGAGUCUCUGUGUGAGAGGAUCGUGGACUCUCAGUGUUCGCUGCUCAUCACAGCAGAUGGUUUCUAUCGAGGAGAUAAGCUGAUCAACCUGAAGCUCUUAGCUGAUGAAGCACUACAGAAAUGCAGAGACAAAGGUUUUCCCAUAGAGAGGUGUAUCAUGCUGAAGCACUUAUCCAAAGAACCAGAGGAGACUGUGGGCUCCAGCUCUCCUCCUGCCAAACGCUCGUGUCCUGAUCUCCAGCAGGAGAAAAACACAGGAAAAGUAAAGAAAAUUCGUCCUCCUCCACAGGUCCCGUGGAACCCACAGGUGGAUCUUUGUUGGCACACUCUGAUACAGGGAGCUUCUGACGAAUGUGAACCAGAGUGGUGCGACUCUGAAGACCCCCUCUUCAUCCUGUACACCAGCGGCUCCACUGGAAAACCAAAAGGAGUUCUUCACACAGUCAGUGGCUACAUGCUCUACACUGCUGCCACCUUCAAACUGGUGUUUGACUAUCAACCUGAUGACAUCUACUGGUGCACAGCAGAUAUUGGCUGGAUUACCGGGCACUCCUACAUCACUUAUGGCCCUCUGGCCAAUGGGGCCUCCAGUGUCCUGUUUGAGGGUCUGCCUACCUACCCAGACGUGAGCCGUAUGUGGGAGAUUGUGGACAAAUAUGGGGUUACUAAGUUUUACACCGCUCCAACCGCCAUCAGACUGCUGAUGAAGUUCGGCAGCGAGCCCGUACAGAAGUACAAGCGUGAAUCCUUGAAGGUUUUGGGGACAGUGGGAGAACCCAUCAACCCUGAAGCCUGGCAGUGGUACUACAACGUGGUGGGAGAGAAGAGAUGUCCAGUUGUUGACACCUUCUGGCAAACAGAAACUGGAGGACAUGUGUUGACUCCGCUACCGGCAGCUACACCCAUGAAACCUGGAUCUGCUACGUUCCCGUUCUUCGGAGUGGUUCCAGCCAUCCUAAAUGAGUCGGGGGAGGAGUUGGAGGGUCCGAGUGAAGGCUACCUGGUGUUCAAACAGCCGUGGCCCGGAGUGAUGCGGACAGUUUACGGAAACCAUCAGAGGUUUGAAACGACCUACUUCAAGAAGUUUCCUGGAUACUACGUCACAGGAGACGGUUGCCGUAGAGACAAAGAUGGCUACUACUGGAUAACAGGGAGGAUAGACGACAUGUUGAACGUCUCAGGUCAUCUGCUGAGUACAGCAGAGGUGGAGUCGGCUCUGGUGGAGCACAAGUUUGUGGCUGAAGCUGCUGUGGUGGGCCGACCUCAUCCUGUCAAAGGAGAAAGCCUCUACUGCUUCGUAACUCUAACAGACGGAGUCGUGUACAACAACAAGUUGGAGGCUGAACUCAAAAAGCAAGUGAGAGAGAAGAUAGGGGCCAUUGCCACUCCAGACUACAUCCAGAACGCACCAGGACUCCCCAAGACCAGAUCUGGGAAAAUCAUGCGACGGGUACUUCGGAAAAUCGCCUGCAACGACAAAGACAUGGGCGACAUCACUACACUGGCCGACUCGUCUGUGGUGGAUCACCUCUUCCAGAACAGAUGCUGCACCGCUGUGUAAACGCUUGAAGGAUUCUGGGAAAAAAGCUCCAACUGCUGUUGCACAACAGCAGUGACAAACUGGGACGAGGAAGAAGAGGAGGAGGAGGAUGGAGGAGGAGCAGAGAUUCCACAAACCCGGUCUCAUCUAACAGAAAGCCUAGUUUAACCCAGUCCCGAUGACUAAUUUAAAUGACCCCACUGUUUUUAACAUGGAGGAAAAGUCAACAGCAGGAGGAGAAACAAUAAGUCUGCUUGUUUCUUAUUUCCUACUUCUUGUUACACAUGAUUUUUAACAGCCAUAGAGGCCGACAGAGUUGCAGCGGUGAAGCCAGAUGUUUGUUUUUGGUGAGUCCUGCAGUUGGACUGUGUGGAAAAGGGAAACACUUCAGCUGGUUUCCUUCCAGUAUCAGCUGCAGUCUAAAAGCCCAAAAGUAAAGUCAGUCUGGUCGACUCCGUCUUUAGCUCAGAUUUCAACUUCUACAUCGACAUGAAACCAGCGUGAAGCGUUGCUUCUAACGACCCUUAAUGUAGUUAAAGCGACGCUUUAGAUCUGUUGUACACUGAUGAUUCAGUCUGAGAACGCUUCAGUUUAACUUCUUUUCAUUUAUGUUGUUUUUUUUAACAUCUUUUUCCUGUUUUUAUUUUUGGGGUGAAAUUUUACCUGUACAUUGUUAGGGGUGUGUGCGUGCGUGCAUGUCUGUGUGUGCUUUUCUGUUUAGCUUGUAGCCAUGUAGAGGUUAUUAGAGUCUGGAAGAAACCAGAAGUUUGGAUAUUGAACAGUCAACUCUGCUCAGGUGCUGACGCUAAAAAGGAGAAUAAGGCAUAAUUAAAAAAAAAAUCAUUCAAUGUCAUCUUUGAGUAUUAAAUGAGACAUAAUAAUUA